UGGAGGGACGUGUUCCCUGUUUUCCAUUUUGGAAAGGCGGUUAUGCACAUCAGUUGCCGAGGGGAAGGUGCUUCAGCUUCACAACAGCGUUAUUAUUACAAACAACAAUUCUAAUAGUAAUAAUGUCAACCAGGUAUCACAAAGCUGCCAUUGAUGGCUACCUGGAACUCUUAAAAGACGCCACCAGGAAAGACCUGAAUACCCCAGAUGAAGUCGGCAUGACCCCCACUCUUUGGGCGGCUUAUCACGGGCACGCCGAGGCGCUUCAGCUCAUCUGCAGCAGAGGUGGGGACCCUGACAAAUGUGACAUCUGGGGGAACUCUCCUUUACACCAUGCUGCAACUAAUGGGCACAUGCACAUCAUCACUUUCCUGGUGAACUUCGGCGCCAAUGUCUUCUCCCUGGACAAUGACUUUCACACCCCGAUGGACGUGGCUGCAUCCAAGGACCGCAUGGACUGCGUUCGUUUUCUAGAUGCCGCAGCAACCAAGCAGAUUGCCCAGAACCCCAAAAAAGUGGCCAAGCAGAAGGAACAGGCCACCAAGGAGGCAAUGAAGAAUGUCAAGAUCUGUGAGAAGGUCCAGCAGAAGCACGAGAGCAAAAUGAACAAGCUCUACCAGCGGGAACAUCAAUUGUCCCACGCUGGGUCUGUGGGGUCCUCCAUUGGGACAGGGACGAUUAACGGCGUCAACGAGCAGUUCUCCAAACUCAUUGCCGCUGAAGCCUCUGGCACUUUGACCUCCAGGAUCAAGGGGACCCUGCAGAAGAAGCUUGGGAAGGGGAGGAACACAGUGGGGCGGCAGGUGGGAGACAACGUCAUCUUUGUGAAGCAGGAGAACGGCACCCUGGGGCGGACCAAUGUCAUGGAUGUCUUUAAUGAGCAUGAAGAGAAUGAAGAGGAGCAGGAAAGAGGACUCUCUGACCAGGACAGAAAGGGCGACUCUCAGAAUAGCACCACAGGGCAGAAAGAUUCAAUUUUCAACCGACCUGGCUUGGGACACAUGGUGUUCAGAAGAAACUUCACCAUGGGCUUGACGGCAGAGCAUGAAGAGAUUUCCUACAACACCGAGAAUGAAGACAUCGGCUUUCGGAUACGGGAUGAGCUCUUUCAGUCGGAAGCCAGAGAGGAAGCCGACGAGGGUUACGAAGAGAAGGACACAAACCUGCCCUGGAAUGAGGACGAGAUCGGACUUGAAGAUGAGGAGGAGACCUCCAGCCUUGCUGCCUUCCUGGCCUCGCUCAACCUGGUGGAGUUCGUCCCUAUCUUCAACCGGGAGCAGCUGGACCUGGAGGCCCUCAUGCUCUGCUCCGACGAGGAUCUCAGAAGCAUCCAAAUCCAGCUCGGGCCGCGCAAGAAGAUCUUAGAGGCAGCCGGGCGCAGGAAGAGGGCCCUGACCCAGCCCAGCACAAUGGUGGACAGUCUGCUCUGAUGUGCGGAAAUCGCAGUUAUCAGAGAUGGAAUUCCACUGGAGGGUGAUGUACAGUCUAAAUCAGGGAGGGCAACUCUGGCCUUCCCAGAUCCGGUAUAUGUUCCAACUAUUUUUAUAAUUGCUUAAUUGAACCAAUUAAACCUCCAUCAAGGUCUCAAAGCAGUUAUUGAUUUCUUUAUACCUGUUAAAACUAGUCUAGCUGUGCUCUAGGCAGUGAAGCUUCAAGCCUUGAAGAGGAAGAGGAGUAAAGGAAGAUCACCCUUUUUUUUCAAACUCCAAGCUUCUGAGCUUCUGUCUUAUGCUAGACAGUCCUUGGUUUAGCAAUAAGACUGCGGUGACUAAAGUGAAUAGCACACUUUUUACUAAAUUUGGCAAUUUGUUCUUUUGAUCUUUUGCAACAUAGUAACACAGCUUAAAAAAUAAUCGACUUAACUUUAUA